AUGGAAAGAGAUAAUCAAAGUUUUGUGACCACAUUCAUCCUUAUGGGGAUUCCCCAUGCACCAGAACUAAACACUGCCUUAUUUGGUAUUUUCUUAGUGAUCUAUGCACUAACUCUGGUGGGGAAUCUCUUUAUCUUGCUGGUGAUUAGAGUAGACUCUCACCUCCAUACUCCCAUGUACUACUUCCUGGCCAAUCUUUCCUUCAUUGAUUUGUGGUUCUCCACUGUCACUGUGCCCAAGAUACUCAUGGGUCUUCUUUCCUCAGAUGGUGAUGCUAUCUCCUUUCAUAGUUGUGUGGCACAGCUCUAUUCUUUCCACAUUCUGGGGAGCACUGAGUGUUUUCUCUACACAGUCAUGUCUUAUGACCGCUACCUGGCCAUCACUUAUCCCCUGCGCUAUGCUACCAUGAUGAGGGGGAAAACCUGUGCCCUUCUAGCUGGAGGCACAUGGCUCAGUGGUGCUAUCCACUCAGCAGCCCAGACUGCCCUGACCUUCCGCCUGCCCUAUUGUGGCCCCAACAAGAUCCAGCAUUAUUUCUGUGAUGCACCCCCCAUUCUCAAAUUGGCCUGUGCAAACACCUCAGCAAAUGAGAUGGUGAUCUUUGUCAACAUUGGCAUAGUGGCCUCUGGAUGUUGCUUCUUGAUUUUCCUCUCUUAUGUGUCCAUUGUUCGAGCUAUUUUGAAGAUCCGCACAGCAGAGGGCAGACACAAAGCCUUCCAGACUUGUGCUUCCCAUUGCAUUGUGGUCCUCUGUUUCUUUGUUCCUGGUCUCAUCGUUUAUCUAAGACCUGGCUCCAUGCAUGCUGUGGAUAGAAUUGUGGCCAUUUUUCAAACAGUGAUCACACCCUUGCUGAAUCCCAUAGUGUAUACAUUGAGGAAUAAAGAAGUAAAAACAGCUUUGCUUAAACUAAAAGGUCAAGGAAAGUUUGUGCAAAUUAAGUAA